CCAUAAGAUGGGAGGGGAAGAAGAGAGGAAGAAGAGGGUGGCAGUGGAAUCGCUGGGAUGGCUGACGGAAUCUUCGAUAAUGCCGAAGAAGCACAGAGCCAUCGAAGGCGUGGGCCCUUCCUCCAUCAUGGAGCUCAAGGCUCAGCUCUACAGAUCCCAGGAGGAAUCCAAGAAGUCCAAGGAUUUGACGGGUACCGACGUCCAGUACCACCGCGCCAAGCAGAGGGUCGCCGCGCACGGAUCCUUCCCCGGAAAAAACUCCGGCGUCGAGGCUCGUGCCCUAAAGGACAAACUCGAGUCAAAAGCAGUAAAAGAUGGAUCGGUGAGUUAUGCAGCUUUGGAGAAAAAGGCAGAGUUGUACGCAAAGCUUGUAAGGGGAGAGCUGGCUGAUGAAGAAGACCAGGAUAAGUACUGUGUUGAUUUCUUCCGAAAGGGUAUUGAACAGGAAGAAUCACACCACCGAUCAGGUGAACACGAUGAAUCUGCAUCAGCACCUCUUGAUGACGCAAAGGAAGAAGGAGAAGGUGAAGGUGAUGGUUCUCUGUUUAGGACCAGAUUUGUGGGACCUGGUCGGACUGUUGGGACAGCAGACACGAGUGAACAUGUCCGCAUGGUCAGGGAGGUUCAUGAAGAAGUGAACCAAGCAAGAGAGAAAACAACGGAGCUGAAACAGCAAAGGCAGGAGCAAGCUGCAGCUCGCCGUGAGAAACUCAGACAAGCAUUCCUCCGCAAGCAGCUCGACAAACUCAAGGCUCAACAUCAACAACAAACAGCUUCCUCAAGGUGGGAAGCUGACUGACUUGUGACCCAAGAAACUGCAGAAAGAUGAAGAGUGAGAGAGAGAGAGAGAGAGAGAGGAAUAAACGGAAAAC